AUGGCUGAUAAAAUCAUUGUACCGGUUGAUCCUAUGUCUGACAAGCCAGUCGAAUUAUGGCGAAAAUAUAUGAAACAGGGCAGAAUCUCCGAACCAGCGAAAAUGCUUCGAUUAAAUACUCCAAUUUAUGAAAACAAAGUUCGAUUUGUAUGUAUAUCUGAUACACAUGAAAAGUUAGAAGAACUUUUGCCAGUGAUUCCAGAUGGUGACGUUUUGAUUCAUGCUGGCGAUUUUACGAAUUAUGGUGACAUUGGAGAAGUAAUCAAGUUUAAUGCUGAAAUGGGCAAAUUACCCCACAAAUACAAAAUAGUAGUGGCUGGUAAUCAUGAGAUUGGUUUCGAGGAUGGCGAAGAAAUGAAUGAGAAACAGCUGGCUGGUCUAAAUAUGCUCGGUAUUAAUAAGGCUUAUGAAAUGCUUAGCAACUGCAUAUAUCUAUGCGAUUCACAAGUAAAGGUUUACGGUAUUAAAAUCUAUGGUGCACCAUGGCAUUCAAUGCCAGGUUAUUCAUUUUUUCGCUCACGUGGCAGCCAGAUCAUGAACAAGUGGAAUUUAAUUCCAUCUGGUAUUGACAUUCUUGUUACACAUGUGCCUCCGUUAGGCCAUGGUGAUUUUAAUCGCUUGAAUAAAUGUGAUGGAAUUUUGGCUGGUUGUGCAGAUCUUUUAAACACUGUUGAGAAGCGUGUGAAACCAAAGUACCAUGUUUUUGGACAUAUUCAUCAGAUGCAUGGAGCAACAACGAAUGGUACAACUAUUUUUAUAAACGCAUCCAUAUGUGAUCACAAACUGAGAACUGAAUACGACCCAAUCAUAUUUGAUUUACCUUUGCCUCUCGGAUAUACUAAAGAUCUGUAA